GGUCUGGCAGCGACGGCGCGCCAUCGGUCCAUCUCUAACGAACCCAGCAAGCCGGUGGUUGCGCGCGACAUCGUCCCGCUUAAAAAAGAAUUGAAUAGACGGGGAUAUUGAUUCGAAACAGUGCUGCUGAUCAAACAUGGUGAAUAAUUCUCUAUGGUUGAAACAACUGUGCUACCCCAAACGUCAGUUUACCAACUCGACACCUCUUAACUCCUACUCAACAUAACAAGAAACUUUUUAUAAUUAAUUAUUAACAAAACCAACACACAACAACAACACUAUCCACUUACUCAACAACAUCAACAGCAUUCGUUUAGUCUCAGAACGAAUACACAACAAUUGCUAGAGGAGUUAUCCCAGAAAUUAAACGAUUACAAGUGGGUUAAUGUGGAGUGAAUACCUGUGAAUACUUCCCGACAUUGAGCAUCGAAUUCCAUCGGCAACAGGAAUUUGUCAGCGAAGGAGAAGAAUUUUAAUUUGGAUUAUUGUUCGUUUCGUUUCGGUGUUUCGUCCAGCACAGGGUUUUUUGUAGGAUUUUAUUUAUUUAUUGCUUAAUUUAAGAUAGAGCUGAUCCUCAGCUUUGAAUAGAGAGGCUCCAAACCGAAGGGUUUAAUCAGAGAGUUAAUAUUGCAGGGUAAUUAGUCACCUAAGUAUCGCAUCUUCGCAGUUCCAAGCGGCGAGUUGUUGCCCCAUUUUCAUUAUGAAAAUAACGACAAUGAAGUUUAAGCGCAAAUAUGGCUGUUUAGAGAAUAUUUGAAAAGAAUUUCUCACUUAUUAAUCAAUUUGGAUUUUUGUUUCGACCCUCAUUUGUUACGUAGUCUUGUAUUUUAUAAGUUCCAAACGAUUGUUUUGCACAACUCAAGUCAUCCACCCAGUUAAAUCCGCACCGCCCAAUAACAUACAAUUUGAGUUCAGUUUGUUGAGGAGCAAGAAGAGUAAUCAGUAUUUAGUUAGAGUUGAGAGAGUUUAGUGGUUUUGUGCCGCAGAGUUUUGAAUUACAUUGAACACCGAACGAAGCACACUAUCGGCAUCAUGGAAAGCUUUGCGCCGGAAUUACUAUGGAUGGUAGUCAUCGGGUUCCUAAUCGCCUUUGUCCUGGCCUUUGGCAUCGGUGCCAACGACGUGGCCAACUCAUUUGGCACCAGUGUCGGCUCCGGAGUUCUUACCAUCCGCCAGGCAUGCGUGCUGGCCACAAUUUGCGAAAUUUCGGGUGCCGUUCUAAUUGGCUACAAGGUAUCGGACACCAUGCGCAAGGGAAUCCUGGAAGUUGGUCUAUACGAGGGCUCCGAGGAGGUGCUGAUGCUGGGCUGCGUGGCCGCUUUGGCCAGUAGUGCCGUUUGGCUGCUGGUGGCCACCUUUUUGAAGCUGCCCAUCUCGGGAACGCACAGUAUCGUGGGCUCUACGAUUGGAUUCUCACUAGUGGCACGCGGCGUUCAGGGCCUGAAGUGGUCUACCUUGGGCACAAUCGUCGGAUCGUGGUUCAUCUCACCGGUGCUGAGCGGAGUUGUGAGCAUCCUGCUCUUCCUGGCCAUACGUCGCUUCAUCCUACGCGCCCAGGAGCCGCUCAAGGCCGGAUUUCGAUCGCUGCCCAUCUUCUACGGUGUAACGUUCUUCAUCAACGUUAUCAGUGUGGUGUUGGACGGCCCCAAGCUGCUCUACAUGGACAACAUACCCACUUGGAUAGCACUGACCGCCAGUUUUGGUCUCUCUUUGCUGGUGGCCUUGCUUACGCAGUUGGUGGUGGUGCCUCUGCAGCGGCGCAAGAUUGCCAAGCGACUGCGGGCCGAGAAUCCUGUCAAGUUUAAUUUCGAGGACUCCGUGGAAUCUUCCCCGUCUGGAAGUCCCAAGAAGCAGCGUCGUCCUCUGUCGCUGGUCAGCGAAGGCAAACCACUGCCCGCCAUCGCAGAAAUAACCGAGCUGGUCUCGUUGAGCGACAACUCGCCCAGGACCUUCAAGUUGGCGCCAUUCGGAUUGGCGGCCAAGAACAACAACGCGCUCGGCGAGGAGUACAAGAUCGAUCCGCAGCUAAUCAAAAAGGCAGAGGACCUGCUGGGCAAGGCAAGCCUGGACAACACAGACCUCACGAUCACCAGUCUGAAUUUCAUCGACGAGCAGCAGCAACAACAGCAGCAGCAGCAAAAUGGACGCAAGUUGCAGGAGUGCUUCCAGCGCAUGCAGUCGCCCAAGGAGGAGCAGAAGAACAAGGCGAACCCCAUUGGCACGGACUUGGAAACCGGAACUACCAAAGCCACCAAUAACAACCUUCAAGUGGUGGAGAGCGGCGGCAGCCUUGAUCUGAUGAUCAGUUCCACGUUAUCGCCUAAUUCCAGCAAGGUUCCGCUGAUCGAGAGCAAAGAGGCGCUGAAUGAGGAGGAGCUGAAGCGAACGGCGGCCGGUGGACGAAGAACCAGUGGCGCAGAGGAGACUCCGGAGAUAUCCAUGCUAUUCUCGUUCCUGCAGAUCCUGACAGCCACUUUUGGCAGUUUCGCGCACGGCGGCAAUGAUGUGAGCAACGCCAUCGGCCCACUUAUUGCCCUCUAUAUGAUCUAUCGCGAGGGAUCGGUUAUGCAGCAGGCCGAGAGUCCCAUCUACAUUCUAAUCUAUGGCGGCGUCGGCAUCUCUGUGGGUCUCUGGCUGUGGGGACGACGAGUUAUCGAGACCAUUGGCAAUGACCUUACGAAAAUCACGUCAUCGACUGGCUUUACCAUUGAAGUCGGAGCUGCCAUCACCGUACUGCUGGCCAGCAAAAUUGGUCUGCCCAUUUCGACCACCCAUUGCAAGGUCGGUUCGGUGGUUUUCGUGGGUCAUGUGAGUGCUGCAGGUCGCACGAAGAGUCAGUCGAAGGAUCAGAGCGAUAAGGACGCCCCUAACGACGUUGCGCCCGCGGCUGAUGGCAGUGUCGAUUGGCAUCUUUUCCGGAACAUUGCCUAUGCCUGGAUCGUGACGGUGCCGGUUACGGCUCUCCUCAGCGCCGGAAUGAUGUAUGUGCUGUGUGCCAUCGCCGUGGACGACAUGGGUGGGGCCUAAAUACAGAGAACAGAGAAUGCCAUUCAAUUAUUAAUUGUAAUUGCAAAACUAAAGUAAUGUUUCGUAAUUGUACAAGUUGGAAAACACAAAACUUAAUAUUAAACACGCAAAAAGAAACUCAA